UAAUUUUUGAAAGAUACGAAACCCAACAAUUAUGUAAUUAGACAAUGGUAUGUUUUUGAAACGAAUGUUUAUUAAGUGAGCUGCUAUAUACACUUGACAUAGAAGAAAAUAUUUAUACGUAUAUAUAUGAACGAUAUUUUCUUUUUCUUUUCAAGUCAUGGUCGAACUCACUAAAAAUGCUAGUAACAAAUUUAUGCUGUCAUGAAUACUUUAUCUGUUGUUUUGAUCGUGGUUGGAUUGAUUCUCGCACUUCUGCUAACGGGCGUGGUAUACACAUUGUGGAAAUAUAUAAAAGCAAGACAGGAAAAAGGAGCUUUUCCAGAUGACAAGAAAGUUACUAAAAGAAGGCGAAAGCAAGCAUUGUUUGAUGAUGUGGAUACGUUUCAAGUACCUGUAUCAUAUCGUACCGUAAAGGCGCAAAUACCGUUUAUGUAUGAGCCGGACGGCUGCUCAGGAGGAGGGAGUAUGGGUGUUUACGCCAGACGAAGCUCAGAUCAAGACAAGAAAAGAUUAAGCGUAGAUGACGUAUACGAAAAAAGACCGAAAGCAUAUUCACUUCCCAUAGGAGGGGAUUCGGAAUCGGACAGAUUACUUGCCAGUCUACCGGAACACAUUUACCAUGAAGCGGGUCAUGUGACAGCCUUUGAUGAAAGCCAAAGGAAGAUAAGCAUGGGAAUGAUGGCACACCUUGCUAAUCAAGGUCGAAAAGUGUCAACAGUCGAUAUGAGAGGACUCUCCAUCACAGAAGAAAUGUUUCUGAAGUCAGUGGAAGGCGCUCCUUCGUUCCAAGGAUCAUCGCACUCCCUCAAUGACGACGCGUUAAGUGAUUCCAGCCAUCUGAGUGCAAAAGACGAGAUAUUCGACUCAACUAUAAUUGGCAUGGAAAGAAGAAGGAUUGGUGAACGAAGAGGACGUCAAAAGAUUUUAGGAUCAGGUUCGGCAUCUGGCCCCGGAACGUUGAAAAGGACAUACAAAAAAGCGGGGAAAAUAACCUUUACCACAGAAUAUAACGAAAGCACAAGGGAAUUUGAAGUUUUAGUUUUACGAGCUUUUGAUCUGGCACCUAGAAGAGAUAAAUCCGAAAUUAAUCCGUUUGUUCGCUUGUACCUUCUUCCAGGGAAAAAGCAGAAACAAAACACAAAAUACCAGACCCAUACAAAAGAACCAUUCAUAAAUGAAAAAAUAGUAUUCACAGAUUUGGAAAAAACAGAUUUAAGUAAAUAUAGACUGAAAAUAAAAGUUUAUAACCACGGAAAGCUGAAAAAGAAUGAAAUGCUGGGCGAGGUGGACAUACCAAUGGGUUCCAUCGAUAUAUCUUCGAAACAAACUUUCAAUACUGACUUGUUUUUGCAACGCUCCGAAAGUUCAUUGGCAUCCCUAAAUAUAUCAUUGUGUCACAAAGCAACGAGUUCUGAACUAGAAGUCAUUAUUCAAGAAGCACGUAAUUUACCCAAAGUCAGCAUUGCAGGCCUUCCAAGUCCAUACACGACUGUUACGUUAUACAAAGAACAAAACUUUGUUAAAAAAGAAACUGGCACUAAGAGGAGCACCAGAGAUCCUGUCUUCAAAGAAUCCUUAGUUUUUGAAGUAUUCACAGACAUUGCAACUCCACUUAGUACGUUUUCUCUUGUUGCAACUUUAAAUCACCAUAGCAUGAUUGGAAGAGACGAGGUGCUUGGUCAUGUGAUAUUUUGUUUAACUUCACCACAAAAGAGUGCAGCUGAACACUGGAAGAGGGUUGAAGAAACUCCACACAAACAUCACAGCUCGUGGCAUGCGUUGAUAGAUCCAGAUGAAUUAUAGGACUAUGUGCCAUUGACAUGUGGAACGUCACGCAAGUUUUACUGUUAUUCUAACAGAAGAAAUUAGAACUAUUGAAGCCCAUUUUUUGUCACCAAUUAUUGUCUCCGGGCUGUGUUUAAAAUAGAUCAGUUUCAUUUUUAUUUUAUGAGGUUCAUACUGGCAAGAAAUGUACCAUAUUAUAC